AUGAGUUUUGACAAAAUCCCGUUCUCGGUGCCGAACGACAACAGUAAGGUGUACAAGGAUGAGUGUAUGUACUGCUUCAACACGCCAUUUUCCGAGGGCGGAUUGUUCUUAUGUUUGGUCACUCAUUAUGGACUGUGUCCGAAACAUUUGAAUCUCCAUGUGAAGAAGACUGAGUUUCUCGGCUACCUGCAUUUUUCUCGUGUACAGAUCUCUACAGUGACUGCUAAAGCAAGCGAGGGCGACUUGAAUGCCAGCAGUGAAUGCAGCGUUCUUGAAAAGCCUAAGGAAUUCGCAUUAAAAUAUAAAGAUGUCUGGGAAUUGGUCAUAUAUCCUGAUCUCUUUCCUUACUCGCUUGCCGACCAUUCAGUGCCUACUGACUUGGCUAGCUGCUGCCAGAAACUGAUCGAGUUCCGGGAUGCAUACAACAUAAUCGAAAUUGAAAACCAGACGAACAUGUGGGAAGGUAAUCCGUUGAAACCGACAAGAAUCACGAAUCUGCACCAGAUCGAAAAUCCGCCGGUGGUGUCAACCAUUCAGCGACAGUGCCAAUGGGAAGGUUGCGACAAAACCGAUAACCUCUGGAUGAACCUCACUGACGGUUCGAUCUACUGCGGUCGACGCUUUUGGGACGGUUCCGGCGGGAGAGGGCACGCAAUCGAGCACUAUGGCAAAACCGGUUAUCCGUUGGCAGUCAAAGUUGGCACUAUUACUGCCAAUGGAGCAGAUGUGUACAGCUAUGAUGAAGACGAGAUGGUAUGUCAUGAAUGA